AUGGCCAAGUUUGCCCUGAAUCAGAACCUACCUGACCUGGGUGGUCCCCGCUUGUGCCCAGGGGGCGCCCGCAGCCCAAGCUCACCCUAUUCUGUGGAGACGCCCUACGGUUUCCACCUGGAUCUGGAUUUCCUCAAGUACGUGGAGGAACUGGAGCGGGGCCCCGCAGCCCGGCGCGCCCCGGGACCUCCGCCUCCUCCACGCCGCCCUCGUGUGCCCCGGUCCGAUCUCGCUGGCGUGCGCAGUCCAGGAGCCUGGACAUCCAGCGAGUCCCUGGCCAGUGACGACGGCGGAGCUCCGGGCGCGCUCUCCCCUCGUUCGGCCUCGGGGCUCCAGAGGCCACAGCUGUCGCCGAGAGCGGCCGUGCGCAAUCCGCGCGUGGAGCAUACACUCUUGGAGACGAGUCGGCGGCUGGAGCUGGCGCAGGUGCAGGAUCGUGGGUCCAGCCCUUCCCGCGCCGCCCCGCCGAGCCCACGCGGGUCUGGCCUCACCAGUCCCGCCCUCAACACCGCCCUCGCCUCGCCGGGCCCCGCGCAACUGCAGCUGGUGCGCGAACAGAUGGCCGCGGCUCUGCGACGCCUGCGCGAGCUGGAGGACCAGGUGCGCUCCCUGCCCGAGCUGCAGGAGCAGGUGCGCGUGCUGCGAGCCGAGAAGGCGCGACUGCUGGCUGCGCGCGGGCAGCCAGAGCCCGACGUGGAGGCUGAAGUGCGCCCAGACAAGCUCGCCCAGCUCCGACGGCUCACCGAGCGUCUGGCCACCUCUGAUCGGGGUGUCCGCGCCAGAGCCAGCCCUCGUGCUGAUUGCCCUGAUGGGCUGGCAGCAGGACGCAGCGAAGGGGCUCUCCAAGGCCCCGACGGGGAGCCCCAGACUCGGGAAGCGGGCAUCGAGGCCGUGCCCGAGACCCAAGAGGCGGGUGCCCAGACUGUACAGGAGACCCUGGAGGCCAGCGUGGAGGCGGCCCCCGAGACCGUGGAGGCGGAGGCAUGGGUGACUGACGAGUUGCUGGGGCUACCCGAGGCUGCGGAGCGCGAGCUGGAGAUGCUGCACGCCAGCCUGGAGCACCAGCGCGGGGUGAGCGAGCUCCUGCGGCGCCGGCUGCGGCAACUGGAGGAAACCCGCGAGGCCACGGAGGAGGCCGCCACGCAGACCUUGUGCAGCUGUGGCGAGAAGGCCACGCAGACCGAAUCCCCCUCCCUGGGGAUCCAGAACAACCCACCUGGAUCCCCGAGUGGAGACAGGGCCGCAGCGCCCGCGGGCAUCCUGAAGUCCAUCAUGAAGAAGCGAGACGGGACUCCUGGCGCCCAGCCCAGCUCGGGGCCUAAGAGCCUGCAGUUUGUCGGGGUCCUCAAUGGAGAGUAUGAGGACAGCUCCUCCAGCGACGACAGUGACAGCGAGGACACCGAGGAGACGGCCGCCGAGCCCCCCAGGGGCAGCUCCUCUGCCUCGGGAUCCAGCUCCGGGGAUGACGAGGCUGGCGGGACCGACCCCGGACCCCCGGUUGCUCCCAGCGGCGAGGACUCCCAGGAUUUAGAGUCUGAGUCUGAGCCCGAGCCGGAGACAGACGCUCAGUCAGGGGCGCAAGGGAGGUGCGAGCUGAGUCCCCGCUUGAGGGAGGCCUGCCUGGCGCUACAGAGACAGCUGAGCCGGCCUCGAGGGGUCGCCCGGGAUGGAGGCGCGGCGCGCCUGGUGGCCCAGGAGUGGUUCCGAGUGUCCAGCCAGCGGCGCUCCCAGGCCGAGCCCGUGGCCGCGGUGCUGCGUGGAGUGGAGAGCCUGGGAGUCCAGCUGCUGGCUCACGUGGUCAAUCUGGCGGACGGCAACGGGAACACGGCGCUGCACUAUAGCGUGUCGCAUGGGAACCUGGCCAUCUCCAACCUGCUGCUGGAUACGGGGGUCUGCGAAGUGGACAAGCAGAAUCGCGCCGGAUACUCGGCCCUCAUGCUGGCCACGCUCACGUCGGUGGGGCAGGCGGAGGACUCGGCCGUGGUGGAGAAGCUCUUCCGCACGGGCGAUGUCAACGCUAAGGCCGGCCAGACAGGGCAGACGCCCCUCAUGCUGGCCAUCAGCCACGGCCGCCAGGACAUGGUGGCGGCCCUGCUGGCUUGCGGGGCCGACGUGAACGCACAAGACGCCGACGGGGCCACCGCGCUCAUGUGUGCCAGUGAGUACGGACGCCUGGACACCGUUCGGCUGCUGCUGGCCCAGCCGGGAUGUGACCCUGCCAUCCUGGACAAUGAGGGUACCAGCGCCCUGGCCAUUGCCCUGGAGGCCGAGCAGGACGAGGUGGCUGCCCUGCUCCACGCGCACCUGAGCACGGGCCAGCCCAGUCCCCAGAGCCAGUCACCCCCAGACUCCCCCACAGCCAGCCCCGCUGAAGCGGAAAGCAGCAACGGUGGAGGGGAGCCUCAGCCACAGUGA